UUGUUUUUGAAUUCUUUGCUUCGUCUGUGUCCUUUCUGCUGAGCCAGAGGGAGGUGCGAGAGAGAACGAGUUCAACUAGAGAGGAAGGUGGAAAGGAAACGUGAAACGCCUUGACAACAAUCUCUUCAGUUUGCGUGAUUAUAUUGGAGAGAACGUACACUGUUUAAUUAACAACGAUAGGUAUUCCCCCUCAACUACUUUUCUUUAAGGAUUUACUUUGAUACGCCCGCCUUGUCUUUUCUUUAAGGAUUUACUUUGAUACGCAUACCUUGUCUUUUCUUUAAGGAUUUACUUUGAUACGCAUACCUUGUCUUUUCUUUAAGGAUUUACUUUGAUACGCAUACCUUGUCUUUUCUUUAAGGAUUUACUUUGAUACGCAUACCUUGUCUUUUCUUUAAGGAUUUACUUUGAUACGCCCGCCUUGUCCCUUCCACUUUCUCAGAGGCUGAAACCCCUGAACAAGAUCCGAAAGGAACGUUACGCUAGCGGAAAGAAAAACACUCUUAACAGAUUUCUGUGGCGAAAAGUGGAUUGUUCAGUUGUUUUUAGGAUAUUUAUGACUUCCGAGGGAAGUUAAAAAAAUAAAUAAAAACCUAUUGGAGCAUUGCACCAGACAGACGCUGUGUUUUUUGACAACUGCCCAACCUGCCGUGUGAGUUUUACUAUGGAUGGAAUGUCGUGACCAGAACAUCGGAAUCUGAAGCAACUCCAAAGGAAUCGUGUCUGGAUCCAGUCGAUCUUAUUAACUCCCAAUAGCCUAUAGACUUAUCGAUCGGAUCCUGCGGUUUGGUUUGAAUAUCGGAUCAAUAUAAGUUAUAUUGCGUAUCACUGAGGAGGAGAGGAUGAGCGGGGGAGCGGACGUGGUGUGCGCCGGCUGGCUGAGGAAGUCACCGCCGGAGAAGAAGUUACGGCGCUAUGCGUGGAAGAGGCGUUGGUUUGUUCUGAGGAGUGGUCGACUGACCGGAGACCCUGACGUUCUAGAAUACUACAAACAUGACCACGCACGCAAACCCAUACGCAUCAUCAACAUGAGCCUCUGUGAACAGGUGGAUGCAGGCCUAACCUUUAAUAGAAAGGAUUUGGACAGUAGCUAUGUGUUUGACGUGCGGACUGUGGAGAGGGUUUUCUACCUGGUGGCCGACAGUGAGGAGGACAUGAACACAUGGGUCAGGUGCAUCUGUGACCUGUGUGGAUUCAACCCUACUGACCAUGAUAGACCCACCGUCACCGCCCAAACCCCUACAGUCACAGUCACCACAGGCCACGCCCCCGUCUCCACGGCGACCACCGUCAUGGCCCCGCCUCACCUGGAAUCACUUAGCCGUCAGGAGGACGGAACAGAGUACCUGUGGCUGUCACACUGCCAGAGCAAGACACCACACAGGCCUCCAGGUAGUUCCUACCACUCCACCUCAUCUGACACAACAGACUACAAUGAAAACACUCUCCCAUCCCACUGGCCUCCUCCCUCUUCUUCCUCCUCCUCUUCCUCACCCUCCUCCCUCGCUAAAGGCCUCCCCCAUCACCCCCACACCUGCCCCUGGGCCGUCACCACGGAGACCAACACUUUUAGCCAAUCGCAGGACAGCGUGUUAACCCCUGAACUCCAUAGGGGCUGGACUAGGGGUCACCCGUCCCCCCACCCGAGAAAACACUCCCUCCAGCUGCAGGCUGUGUCUCUCCCUCCCGUCUGCCAUGACAUGGUCUUCAACACAAGGAUAAGCACUAUAAACACUAAAUCACACAGGUUGAAUUCUAAUAGCAACACCUCUUACCAGGUACCUUCCUCUACUCCUACCGCAAGCUCACCCACACCAGGUCAGGGUGACUCCUCCACCCCUCCACCACGCCCCCCCAAGCCCCUGGUCUCUGCCCCAGCUGAGGUGUCUUCUCUGGCCACUCUGUCGGCCUCACUCCACCGGUCUGCUUCGGAACCAGAGAGAAGCUAUGGAGGAGGAAGAGGUAGAGGAGGAGAAGGACAGGGAGGAAGAGGCAACAAUCCCAGAGCACCUCGUUGUAACACUAUAGCUACCUCAGGCACAGGCACAGGUUCCCAGCAGAACUAUGCUGUACCAAGGUCCUUCUCUGACCAGACCAGAGCCAGCAUGUUUGAGUUUAGCGACAGCUUCAACAGCUACUUUAUUAAUAAAGGCAUGGUACCAUUAGGUGGAAUGGGAGAGGGAGAUAUCGAUGAGAACUAUGUUCCCAUGAACUCUACCGACACCUCCCUCGUCUCCCUACCUCCUCCCUCCUUCCCCAACCCCACCUCCCUACCUCUUCCCUCCUUCCCCGACCCCACCUCCCUCGUCUCCCUACCUCCUCCCUCCUUCCCCGACCCCACUUCCCUCGUCUCCCUACCUCCCCCCUCCUUCCCCGACCCCACCUCCCUCGUCUCCCUACCUCCUCCCUCCUUCCCCGACCCCACUUCCCUCGUCUCCCUACCUCCCCACUCCUUCCCCGACCCCACCUCCCAGGACCCUAACUAUGUCACUAUGACCCCAUGCCCUGGAGAAUUGCCUUCUCUGGGGAGACAGGUACCCCCGCCUGCACACCUGGGGUUCCGCUCCUCCCCCCACAACCCCCACACACGCCCAUCUCGCAGACACACCACCGGGGGAGGAGCGGGAGACACCCAACCACCACCCAUUCACCGCAACCUCAAACCCCGGAAAGGUUUCAGCCCCAUGUCCCUCCACCCAAAACCCCUGGGCUUGGAGAGAACUGACUCACAGACUGUUGGAGAGUUCACAGGGGCAAGGAGACGUCGGGUUAAACCCACCCCUCUAGACAUAACACCUCUGCAGGAGUGGGAGGAGCUACCGGCACCUGUACGAUCACCUGUCACCAGAACCUUCACCCGAGAUCCGUCCAGCUGCUACACGUGUCCGUCCGAUAGACCCUCCACCUGCCAAAGCUCUGCCUCCAGCUCAGACUCGGAUGACCCAGAUGACAAUUACGUUGCCAUGACAACCUCCAACAUAGCCCUCGCUGCCGUCGUGUCGACCCUGCGUGGGGACAACCCCAUGGUCUUACGGAGGCCUAGGGGGGACAAACAGGUUGAGUACCUGGACCUGGACUUACACACUGCUAGAGUGGCCACACCCCCACGACAGAAAAAGAGUGUGUUGGGUGGCUCGAUGGGUUCGGGCGAAGGUGAGCGUGCACGUGAGCGUGAAGGUGAGCGUGCACGUGACCGUGAAGGUGAGCGUGCACGUGACCGUGUGGACUAUGUGGUCGUUGAUCCUGAGAGAACCAGAGCUCUGAAAAGUACCAGGGAGGCGUGGCACGACGGGAGACAGUCUACUGAGAAGGACAAAUAACACACGCACACACACACUGAACAGACACACACUGAACAGAUACACACACACUGAACAGACACACACUGAACAGACACACACUGAACACACACACACUGAACAGACACACACUGAACAGAUACACACACACUGAACAGACACACACUGAACAGAUACACACACACUGAACAGACACACACUGAACAGACACACACACUGAACAGACACACACUGAACAGAUACACACUGAACAGACACACACUGAACAGACACACACUGAACAGAUACACACACACUGAACAGACACACACUGAACAGAUACACACACACUGAACAGACACACACUGAACAGAUACACACUGAACAGACACACACUGAACAGACACACACUGAACAGACACACGCACUGAACAGACACACACUGAACAGAUACACACUGAACAGACACACACUGAACAGACACACGCACUGAACAGACACACACACUAAACAGACAUACACUGAACAGACACACACACUAAACAGACAUACACACUGAACAGACACACACACUGAACAGAUACACACACACAGACACACACACUAAACAGACACACACUGAACAGACACACACACUGAACAGAUACACACACUGAACAGAUACACACAGACACACACACUAAACAGACACACACACUGAACAGAUACACACACACAGAUACACACAGACACACACACUAAACAGACACACACACUGAACAGAUACACACACUGAACAGAUACACACAGACACACACACUAAACAGACACACACACUGAACAGAUACACACAGACACACACCUCUCCAAGCGUACCCGGCUCCACGAGGAGGUAAAAAGGGGCUCAGCCCCCUUCCGGGUUAGUUGUAUGUCCUUUAUAUAAAAAUAGUAAGUAACAGUAGUUUCCAGAAGUUUCCCCUUCCCUUCCGACAUGGAAUGCACACGUUCGUACAACACAAGAAGUAAGACUCAAGGAUACGGGGCUACUGAAGGCGGUGAUAGACCCCUGUGACCAUGGUGCACAGAAUCCUCAGUCUUCUCCAUCCUCUAAACAAAUGAUUUCAGGCUAAAAGCAACAGAUCUUUUAACUGGAGUUCAGUGGUCCUCAAUGUGUUGGAGUCAGUGGUCCUCAAUGUGUUGGAGUGUGGUGGUCCUCAAUGUGUUGGAGUGUGGUGGUCCUCAAUGUGUUGGAGUCAGUGGUCCUCAAUGUGUUGGAGUGUGGUGGUCCUCAAUGUGUUGGAGUCAGUGGUCCUCAAUGUGUUGGAGUCAGUGGUCCUCAAUGUGUUGGAGUCAGUGGUCCUCAAUGUGUUGGAGUCAGUGGUCCUCAAUGUGUUGGAGUGUGGUGGUCCUCAAUGUGUUGGAGUGUGGUGGUCCUCAAUGUGUUGGAGUGUGGUGGUCCUCAAUGUGUUGGAGUGUGGUGGUCCUCAAUGUGUUGGAGUCAGUGGUCCUCAAUGUGUUGGAGUCAGUGGUCCUCAAUGUGUUGGAGUCAGUGGUCCUCAAUGUGUUGGAGUCAGUGGUCCUCAAUGUGUUGGAGUGUGGUGGUCCUCAAUGUGUUGGAGUCAGUGGUCCUCAAUGUGUUGGAGUGUGGUGGUCCUCAAUGUGUUGGAGUCAGUGGUCCUCAAUGUGUUGGAGUCAGUGGUCCUCAAUGUGUUGGAGUGUGGUGGUCCUCAAUGUGUUGGAGUCAGUGGUCCUCAAUGUGUUGGAGUCAGUGGUCCUCAAUGUGUUGGAGUCAGUGGUCCUCAAUGUGUUGGAGUCAGUGGUCCUCAAUGUGUUGGAGUGUGGUGGUCCUCAAUGUGUUGGAGUCAGUGGUCCUCAAUGUGUUGGAGUGUGGUGGUCCUCAAUGUGUUGGAGUCAGUGGUCCUCAAUGUGUUGGAGUCAGUGGUCCUCAAUGUGUUGGAGUUAGUAGUCCUCAAUGUGUUGGAGUCAGUGGUCUGCCGUCUCACUGUAGUAGACUGCAUCUCACUCUAGUAGACUGUAGACUGCAUCUCACUGUAGUAGACUGUAGACUGCAUCUCACUGUAGUAGACUGUAUCUCACUGUAGUAGACUGUAGACUGCAUCUCACUGUAGUAGACUGCAUCUCACUGUAGUAGACUGUAUCUCACUGUAGUAGACUGUAGACGGCAUCUCACUGUAGUAGACUGCAUCUCACUGUAGUAGACUGCAUCUCACUGUAGUAGACUGUAGACUGCAUCUCACUGUAGUAGACUGCAUCUCACUGUAGUAGACUGUAGACUGCAUCUCACUGUAGUAGACUGCAUCUCACUGUAGUAGACUGUAGACUGCAUCUCACUGUAGUAGACUGUAGACUGCAUCUCACUGUAGUAGACUAUCUCACUGUAGUAGACUGUAGACUGCAUCUCACUGUAGUAGACUGUAGACUGCAUCUCACUGUAGUAGACUGCAUCUCACUGUAGUAGACUGUAGACUGCAUCUCACUGUAGUAGACUGCAUCUCACUGUAGUAGACUGUAGACUGCAUCUCACUGUAGUAGACUGCAUCUCACUGUAGUAGACUAUCUCACUGUAGUAGACUGUAGACUGCAUCUCACUGUAGUAGACUGUAGACUGUAUCUCACUGUAGUAGACUGCAUCUCACUGUAGUAGACUGUAUCUCACUGUAGUAGACUGCAUCUCACUGUAGUAGACUAUCUCACUGUAGUAGACUGUAGACUGCAUCUCACUGUAGUAGACUGUAGACUGUAUCUCACUGUAGUAGACUAUCUCACUGUAGUAGACUGCAUCUCACUGUAGUAGACUGUAGACUGCAUCUCACUGUAGUAGACUGCAUCUCACUGUAGUAGACUGUAGACUGCAUCUCACUGUAGUAGACUGCAUCUCACUGUAGUAGACUGUAGACUGCAUCUCACUGUAGUAGACUGUAGACUGCAUCUCACUGUAGUAGACUGUAGACUGCAUCUCACUGUAGUAGACUGCAUCUCACUGUAGUAGACUGUAUCUCACUGUAGUAGACUGCAUCUCACUGUAGUAGACUGUAGACUGCAUCUCACUGUAGUAGACUGCAUCUCACUGUAGUAGACUGUAGACUGUAUCUCACUGUAGUAGACUGCAUCUCACUGUAGUAGACUGCAUCUCACUGUAGUAGACUGUAGACUGCAUCUCACUGUAGUAGACUGUAGACUGCAUCUCACUGUAGUAGACUGUAUCUCACUGUAGUAGACUGUAGACUGCAUCUCACUGUAGUAGACUGCAUCUCACUGUAGUAGACUGUAGACUGCAUCUCACUGUAGUAGACUGCAUCUCACUGUAGUAGACUAUCUCACUGUAGUAGACUGCAUCUCACUGUAGUAGACUGUAGACUGUAUCUCACUGUAGUAGACUGCAUCUCACUCUAGUAGACUGUAGACUGCAUCUCACUGUAGUAGACUGCAUCUCACUGUAGUAGACUGUAUCUCACUGUAGUAGACUGUAGACUGCAUCACAAAGACGCUCAGUUACAUACAUGAUGUUACAUACUACCACAGUUACAUACAUGAUGUUACAUUCUACCACAGUUACAUACAUGUUACAUACUACCACAGUUACAUACAUGAUGUGAUGUUACAUACUACCACAGUUACAUACAUGAUGUUACAUACUACCACAGUUACAUACAUGAUGUUACAUACUACCACAGUUACAUACAUGAUGUUACAUACUACCACAGUUACAUACAUCAUGUUACAUUCUACCACAGUUACAUACAUGAUGUGAUGUUACAUACUACCACAGUUACAUAUAUCAUGUUACAUUCUACCACAGUUACAUACAUGAUGUGAUGUUACAUACUACCACAGUUACAUACAUCAUGUUACAUUC